AUGCCGCCGGGCAUCUUCCACGCGUUUGAAUAUCAUAGAGCGGACGGAAUACGAUGGAUACUGGGUCUCCGGAUGGAAUUGCAUCCCUCAUCCAUGCUCAUCGUCGGCGACGACGACGACAGGCCUAAAGCGGGCGGCGACGACACGCCGGGCGCCGACGCUGGCGUUGUCACCUGA